AUGGAAGCAGAUCGAUCUCCCCCGCUCGUAGGACAUUUCCUAGAAUUGGCCUCGCAAUGGCCGACAGCGAGAGUAGCGGUACAACUUAUCAGGCUGACGAGAACAACAAUUCUGAGGUAUGUCGAAUGUCCUCUCGCGCUGGAAGAUACGAGCACUGAUGGAACCCUUAAGCUAUGUUCGUUGUGCCUGCAAGUGGACCUCUCCAUUGACAAGUUCAUCAUCAGCAAGAAGGGGUUAUUGCGCAAUCAAACUUUCGUGACAGACCCUCAGGGAAACCUGACCCAGACCAAGGACUUUCAAUUGAGUUCGGGUACUUCUAGAAGGGUUUUUUCGACUUUCGAUCAAGUGCAAGAAAAACGGAAUAAUUGCCACUUCUGCGACUUGAUAUGGCAGGCAGUCACACGCUACAGCCGCCGGGUUCCCGACUCGUCAACGGAGCUGUUCCUCACCUGGGAGGUCGAUGGCCGCCGGAUUGCUUCCACCAACGAAUCUCUCGUCAAUAGAACCAGGAGAAUACGUCUAUCGUGGGGCGGCAACGACGGCAAGGAGGAGAAUGUGUACCUUGUCCUUGUUGCACCAACAGGCUUGCGUAGGCCUAAUUCGGACGCUUAUGCUUCUUCCGCAACCAAUACACAUUUCCUUGGCAGAGGCAGAGUGGACUCGAGCGAGAAACAGGCCUUGAUGAAAAGUUGGAUCGACUUGUGUGCUCAGAAGCACGGCGCGAGCUGUCAGAAGAAGCAUGGGACCAAGACCGAGUUCAAGAAACUGAUAGAGGGCACCUUUUUCGGUGUCAUUGAUGUCAUCGACAUGCAGCUAAAGGCACUUCCGCUCGUGGACGGGGAGCCAGAACGGUUUGUUGCAUUGAGCUAUGUCUGGGGCAAACGACCAAAUGGCGAGCACACAUACACCACGACAAGAAAUAAUGUCAUGAUCCAUAUCCAACACGGAGGUCUGGAGAAAGCGUGGCAUAAACUACCCAAAACUAUACAAGAUGUCAUCUUACUCGUGAGCCGGCUCGGGGAAAGAUAUGUCUGGAUCGACUCCUUGUGCAUCGUGCAGGACAGCCUGAGCUCGUGGGAGCUCAAUGCGAAAGCUAUGCACCUCGUUUAUGGGAAUGCGCAUUUUACGAUCUGUGCCGCAGAUGGCGAAGCGACAACAGGACUUCGGGCUGUUGCACCUGUCUUACGAACUCCUGUUCACAGAGCGGCGCCUACUACUGAGCGCGUUACGGCCGUUAGGUUUUCAGAAGAUACCAUUGACCGACACUCCGACGACACUAUGCACUCGGAGCCGAUCACUGCCCAAAUUCUUCCGGGAAUCAAAUUACUGGUAUCUCGACCUCCAGAAGCGGUGGUCCAGAAUUCAUUGUGGAAUCAGCGUGGCUGGACCUUCCAGGAACGGCUCCUCUCCCGCCGGUGUCUUAUCUUUGCAGAAGGCCAGGUCUAUUUCCAAUGCCGCUCAGCGGUCAUGUCUCAGGACAUCUUCAACGACGGCGGUACUACUGGUUGGUCUCUAGACUGGACCAAUUCCCCUCUCCGAACUCUGGGAGAACUCCGGCGUCGAGCUUUCUGGUUUUACAUGACAUGCAUUAGGCUUUAUACCGGGCGUGAACUGACAAAGCCGAAAGAUGUUCUUACCGCAUUUCAAGGAACCUCCUGGCUGCUGCAGCAGCAUUUGAACGCGCCAUUGUUCUACGGUCUUCCUGUAUCACAUUUCGAUCUUGCACUGCUCUGGAUGCCGCUUACCGUGCUCCAUCGCAGGAGGCAACCGAGGAUCCACCGGUCAAACAGGGGACCAUGCAGUCAAGAUGAACUGGGUAACUGCAAUUGCAAGAUGGACGAAGAGGGCGAUGGGGGCAAAGAGUUCCCCAGCUGGUCUUGGUGUGGCUGGGUUGGUGGCAAAGCAGGAUAUCAGACUGAGAUGAUUGAAGGAUGCCUAUUGAAUGUCAGAGAAUGGCUCAGACACCGUACCUGGAUCCUGUGGUAUGUACGAGACCUAGAGGGCAAUCUUCGGCCGCUGUGGGAUAAGAGCGCAUUUGGAGAAGAUCUGAGCGAAGAUGCAAGCUGGAAAGGGUACGCUGGGAAUGGUAAAAGUCAAGUCCAGCGCCGCGCUCGAAGUCGAAGUCGAAGUCGAAGUCGAAGUCGAAGCAGGCGGCGGAUGUCACGAGUCCCAUUGUCACCGCCUAGCUUGGUUUCUGACAUGCAUGAGGUCAAUCUUGACGGCACAAGACACAACUAUAUGUCACUGCCUCCCAACGUAUACCGUCCACAAGCACCAGAACCGUCGUACCUUGCGCCCGGGGUGAGGUAUCCACCAUCAUACGGUCCGCCGCAUUACUAUCCACCAACAGCAUAUCCUCCGUUGGCAUACUCCUACGCUCCAUAUCACUAUGAAACCGCCACUGUCCCCGUUCCGGUGGCAGUUCCGCCGCCGGUCAAGCCGCAUCGUCAUGGACAGAAAGAAGGACCCAGGCCGCAAAGUGGAUACGAAAAGAGCGAAAGAGAGUGGGUGAAGCGGGGAAACAAGGACUACCUGCGAAGGUUGCCAACCGGGUACUAUGACCACCCUAUAGACGAAGAGGGCGUGGCCGAGAGGGUCAGAGAACCAUACAUUGUCGACGCAUCUGGUGCAAGCCCCGUCCUUCCAUUUACAGCAAGUAUAGACCCAGGACGGCUUCAAUCAAACGAUCAGCAGGGGUCUGCCAGGACAAGAUAUCCGUCGCGAAGAGACGAUCGGAGCUCCGAUACAAGCUCUAUGAAGACCGAUAAUUCGGCUGUAGUUGAAGAUCUCGACAACACGGGGUCCGAACGAGAUGACGCCUCUGAGGAAGGUCCAGAGAGCGACAGGAGACGUAUAUUCAUCGAGCCCAACACCCCUCGUGGAUCACCAGCACGCACUGCUCCCGGAGGAUAUUCAGACGCGCCGGUAGCAAGUGAGUCGAGUUCAAGCGGAAGAAACAUGGGCGGCAGCAGGCGCCGUAAGAAGGGCAAGUCUUCAAAAGAAGACAUCUACGGCAGGCCGCGGAGAAAAGGGGUCAAGCGAGGGACUGAAUUUACCGGAAUCCUGCCAGACAAUCCGUUCGGAGUCAUCCGGGGGCCGUUUCCAAAGGGCCAGAAGGAUGAGAUACGUGCUAUGCCCAUUCUCCAAUUCUGGACAUGGAGGACGGAGUUGUUUGUGACAUUCCGCGAGCCGCAGACGGCAACGUCGACGUUGGUGAAUGAGCCAUGUCAAUGCGACAUUGUCGACAAGGCCGGAGAUUGGUGCGGAUCCAUUGUGCUUCCGCAGGACUGGAUUGCAGAGAGACAGGGAGUUCCGCUGUUGUUCAUGGCGAUAUCGGACGCCAGGUCUCUCACGUCAGAGGAGUGCCCAGUGUGGAACUAUUACAUUCCCAAGGAGAAGGACGAGUCGGAGUGGGAUCUGUAUUAUGUCUUGCUCUUGAACAGGAAUCGGGAGAGGGCACUCUGGGAACGAGUUGGCUUGGGAAAGGUGUUCCAGGCCGCAUUUGGUGAUGCCGUCUGGGAUGAAAUUAAGCUUGGAUGA